AUACCCAAAAAAUCAGUAAAAUUUACUGAUUAUCUAAAGAAAUCGACUUAACUCAUAUUUGAGUAAUCACAGUUACCCAUAUUUGGGUGAAAAAUUGAACAUAAACAAAUUCGAGCUGAUGGCCGUACGUCAAUUAAUGUCGCAAUCAUUGGAAGUUUUUUUUUUAAGUUUUUCCCGCAUAUUAUAUCCUAAUGACCAAAACGAGAACCAAUUUCGUUCCGGGCGCAGUAAGUUCCGAUGUUCCGACCAGCAGCAACCGGCAGCGCCAUAUCGACCUCAUCACGCACAUGCGGCGAUCGACGAUUGUACAGCAUGCAGACAGCAAAAAUGGAAACUGAUUCCUGAACCAUCGGUGGAGGAGCGCUCACAGCUAUGUUUUUGCUUUCUGUGCCGUUCAAAAUUGAUUGGUACAACAACAUCCGGCACAGUUACCACCUGGAAAGCUGCCACCAGUUACGGAAUGGCAUGCCGUCAAAUCUCAUCAGUAGUUGAUGCUUGUCAGCUAACUUGUUCUUAGAUGCUUGCUGCGAAGGACACGAAGCUUCUGCUAAGGGAUGUAUCAGACCAUCCGGGAUUACUUCCUUCAGGUUCUGCUGCUGGUAAUACAGCAGCAGCCAAGCAUCCAGCAUCAUGGAAGAUAGAUAAAUGGAUCAAACUGUUUUAUGAAAAUGUAAAUUUAAAUACAUACUUAAAUAAAUACAAUA